AUGCAUUCGAAAGCUAAGAAAUUUAGAAAGAAGGUGACGUGGAGGUGGGUUGGGCACAUGGUGGAGGUGGGUUGGGCACAUGGUGGAGGUGGGUUGGGCACAUGGUGGAGGUGGGUUGGGCACAUGGUGGAGGUGGGUUGGGCACAUGGUGGAGGUGGGUUGGGCACAUGGUGGAGGUGGGUUGGGCACAUGGUGGAGGUGGGUUGGGCACAUGGUGGAGGUGGGUUGGGCACAUGGUGGAGGUACAUGGUGGAGGUGGGUUGGGCACAUGGUGGAGGUGGGUUGGGCACAUGGUGGAGGUGGGUUGGGCACAUGGUGGAGGUGGGUUGGGCACAUGGUGGAGGUGGGUUGGGCACAUGGUGGAGGUGGGUUGGGCACAUGGUGGAGGUGGGUUGGGCACAUGGUGGAGGUGGGUUGGGCACAUGGUGGAGGUGGGUUGGGCACAUGGUGGAGGUGGGUUGGGCACAUGGUGGAGGUGGGUUGGGCACAUGGUGGAGGUGGGUUGGGCACAUGGUGGAGGUGGGUUGGGCACAUGGUGGAGGUGGGUUGGGCACAUGGUGGAGGUGGGUUGGGCACAUGGUGGAGGUGGGUUGGGCACAUGGUGGAGGUGGGUUGGGCACAUGGUGGAGGUGGGUUGGGCACAUGGUGGAGGUGGGUUGGGCACAUGGUGGAGGUGGGUUGGGCACAUGGUGGAGGUGGGUUGGGCACAUGGUGGAGGUGGGUUGGGCACAUGGUGGAGGUGGGUUGGGCACAUGGUGGGUGUGGGUUGGGCACAUGGUGGAGGUGGGUUGGGCACAUGGUGGAGGUGGGUUGGGCACAUGGUGGAGGUGGGUUGGGCACAUGGUGGAGGUGGGUUGGGCACAUGGUGGAGGUGGGUUGGGCACAUGGUGGAGGUGGGUUGGGCACAUGGUGGGUGUGGGUUGGGCACAUGGUGGGUGUGGGUUGGGCACAUGGUGGAGGUGGGUUGGGCACAUGGUGGAGGUGGGUUGGGCACAUGGUGGGUGUGGGUUGGGCACAUGGUGGAGGUGGGUUGGGCACAUGGUGGAGGUGGGUUGGGCACAUGGUGGAGGUGGGUUGGGCACAUGGUGGAGGUGGGUUGGGCACAUGGUGGAGGUGGGUUGGGCACAUGGUGGAGGUGGGUUGGGCACAUGGUGGAGGUGGGUUGGGCACAUGGUGGAGGUGGGUUGGGCACAUGGUGGAGGUGGGUUGGGCACAUGGUGGAGGUGGGUUGGGCACAUGGUGGAGGUGGGUUGGGCACAUGGUGGAGGUGGGUUGGGCACAUGGUGGAGGUGGGUUGGGCACAUGGUGGAGGUGGGUUGGGCACAUGGUGGAGGUGGGUUGGGCACAUGGUGGAGGUGGGUUGGGCACAUGGUGGAGGUGGGUUGGGCACAUGGUGGAGGUGGGUUGGGCACAUGGUGGAGGUGGGUUGGGCACAUGGUGGAGGUGGGUUGGGCACAUGGUGGAGGUGGGUUGGGCACAUGGUGGAGGUGGGUUGGGCACAUGGUGGAGGUGGGUUGGGCACAUGGUGGAGGUGGGUUGGGCACAUGGUGGAGGUGGGUUGGGCACAUGGUGGAGGUGGGUUGGGCACAUGGUGGAGGUGGGUUGGGCACAUGGUGGAGGUGGGUUGGGCACAUGGUGGAGGUGGGUUGGGCACAUGGUGGAGGUGGGUUGGGUACAUGCUGGAGGUGGGAUGUGCCAUCCACAAAAGUGAGGGGCUGCUGCCCUUGA